AUGGGGUUGUUCAAUGUCACUCACCCCGUUUCCUUCCUCCUGACUGGAAUCCCUGGUCUGGAAAGCUUGCAUCCCUGGCUGGCCGGGCCCCUCUGUGUGAUGUAUGUAGUGGCCCUUGGGGGAAACACAGUGGUGCUGCUGGCUGUGGGAACAGAACCUGGCCUCCAUGCACCCAUGUACUACUUUCUGUCCAUGUUAUCCUUCAGUGACAUGGCCAUGGCCAUGGCCACACUGCCCACUGUAUUCAGAACCUUCUGCCUUGAUGCCCACAACAUUGCUUUUGAUGCCUGCCUAAUCCAGAUGUUUCUCAUUCACUCUUUCUCCAUGACGGAGUCAGGUAUUCUGCUGGCCAUGAGCUUCGACCGCUAUGUGGCCAUUUGUGAUCCAUUGCGCUAUGCUACUGUGCUCACCAAUAAAGUCAUUGCUGGGAUGGGCUUAGCAGUCACUGCUCGGAGCUUUAUCACCCUCUUCCCUCUUCCCUUCCUCAUCAAGAGGCUUCCUAUCUGCAGAUCCAAUGUUCUUUCCCACUCCUACUGUCUGCACCCAGAUAUGAUGAAGCUUGCCUGCACUGAUAUCACCAUCAACAGCAUCUAUGGACUCUUUGUUCUUGUAUCCACUUUUGGCAUGGACCUGUUCUUUAUCUUCCUCUCCUACAUGCUUAUUCUGCAUUCUGUAUUGGCCAUUGCUUCCCGUGAGGAACGCCUCAAAGCUCUCAACACCUGUGUGUCCCAUAUCCUAGCUGUGCUUGCCUUUUAUGUACCAAUGAUUGGGGUCUCCACAGUGCAUCGUUUUGGGAAGCACAUCCCACGGUACAUCCAUGUCCUCAUGUCCAAUAUCUACCUCUUUGUGCCGCCUGUGCUAAAUCCACUCAUUUACAGCGCCAAGACAAAGGAGAUCCGCCGAGCCAUUGUCCGAGUGUUCCACCGCCUCAAAAUGUGA